UAUCGUUAGUUUUAUCAAAACAAAAACAGUGCUGUCGUCAAGGUUAAGUGUAUCUAGUUCUAUUUUCAUUGCUAAAAAUAUCAAACAUUUCUUAAUACAUUAACACAACAACAAAUACAAGACGUUUUAAUUUUUACUUCAAACAAAACUUUAACUUAUUGCAUUCCCUGAACUAGGAAAAAGGUAGAAAAAUAAAACACGUUCACUUCCAGUGAAACAGGCAUAUUUAGGAAAUAUGGCAAAUGUUGUUUUGGGAAUACGGUUAUCUCUGUUUGAUUUUCAAAGAGUUAAGGUGGAUGAAGUGGACCUCCAAACUAAAGUUGAAAAAUUUAAAAUAGAUGUAUCAGAAAAGGCCAACCUCCCUAAAGAGAGUUUAGAACUAGUUUACUGUGGGAACAUUCUUGAUGACGACUCCACUUUACAUGCUUGUGGAAUAAAGUCCGGUGUUAUGAUCCAUGUAUUAAAGAAAAAGGCAAAAGAACUUCCUAAACCAACUCAAACAAUGUCAGAAGUUGACAUACAAAAUUUGGUCAUGGCCUUCAGAGCUUUAACAAUGAACCCAUCCUACAGGAGCUCGCUUCAGAAACUGAGUCGCCCGGACAUACUAGACAACAUCGUACAGAUCACGCCAGGUCUCAGCCAAGACCCUGUAGCCAUCUCCAUGAUACAAGACUCCGAGCUCCUAGUCCGUAUGGGUGACAUCGACACUGUCCGCAGGAUCGUAGAACUCCACCCGGCUCUGGCGGAGGCGGCCAAUCACAUCGCAGCGGCAGUACACGAGGAGGCCAUCACAGCCUCUGCGACUACACAGCCAACCACCAGCUCCGGCUACUCAUACUCACUGGACGCGCUCAGCGACGAUGAGGAGAUGGACUCAUCUCAGUCAUCUGACUCCCAGCCUGCUAACCGACACGCUAUCACUGCAGCCCAACUGGCCAGUGCCCUGGCAUCCGCCAACAGCCCAAGUCCUGGAGCUCUUCAGUCUCAGGAUGGAGGGGGAAUCACCUCGGAGAUGUUUAACCAGGCUAUGCAGAGGGCCAUUGCCAGUGUUGUGGGACAGCCUGGCACACCAGCGCCAGAGGCAGAUGCUCCUGAGGGAGGCGCCGGGACUCUGGGACAAGCGCAGCUGGCGCAACAAAUGCAGCAGAUGAGGGAGCUCGGCCUGACAGACGAUGCUGUCAAUCUGCAAGCUUUACAGCUGGCUCAGGGCAACCUACAUGCAGCUGUCGACCUGGUGUUCAGUGGGGCUAUCUCCCCUCCGUGAAAAAACAUGUGUGGUCUAGGAGAAAACUAUGUUGAAAUGUGGUGUGCUAAACUAAAAUGGAGACAAGAUUGGUUUAUGUGAUCUUACAACAAAUAAAGAUGUGUAAAUUUUGUUCUUUAAAACACAUUAGGCUUAUCACUGUUUGUUUUACAUCCCAAGCAGACUGUCUUGGUUGAAUUUGUACUUUUGAGUUUAAUUUAGAUAACUUGUUUAACAAGAUGUUUAUACCUUUUUGAUUGAGAUUAAACACUUGCUUUAUUAUUGUUACAAUUA